UGGAUCCCAUAAUAGGAUAAAGUAAUAAGUAACUUGGAAGUGUGGCUCGCGUAAGAGCCAUAAAAAGGGAUCAAAUAAUAAAUAAAAGGGAUUACCAACAACAUGCGUUAGAAUGUUGCAGUGCGAAGUGUUUUAUACAGCAGAUGGCGCUCUGCGCCAAUUCAAGACCCCUUGAAAACAAAGGCAUGUCCAAUCUUAUUGGAUCUGUAGACACUUGUGUUUUAGGCGUAAGGAAGUAGAAGUUCUGUUGUAAUUAAAUUGCAAGGCAACACCAUGCAGAUUUCAUAAACAAUAAAAGCAGUGUACUUUAAUUUAAUAUUAUCUUAAUAAAUGAAUGAAUGUGAUGAGAUAAAGUUCUUAAAACGUGUAUAUGUUUCAUUUCGUAGGUUAUAAUUAUUGUUAGAGACAUAAGCAUUAUGAAGACUUUCUCCUACAAAGCGAAACUAAACCAUUUAUGUCUGUUUGAACACGAACUUAUGCAGCUGUUGUUGGUUAAGAAACCUACUGGUGUUAACAUUGUUCAGGAGCGUUCACCUUCUUCUAACGUAUUUUCAAAAAUCGAAUUGACAUGUUUGGCAGAUUAUUAUUAUCAAGGAACACAAAACACGUGGGCAUAUUAACAGUUGUUUGCAUAUAGUAAAUAACAAUGAAAUAAACAUACUAUGUUAUGUCACUCAUGUUUUUGAUACUUGAGUUCUUUAAUUCUUUAAUUCGCAUAUUUCCCUGACACUUUGCUUCUAUUAACAAAUAGACUGCAAAUGUGGAUUACAUGCUAUUAAGUAUUAUUACACAGGGUGAUAUACGUGUAUGUUAAAAUUGGAAAUAAUGAGAUUAUUCAGAGUGAUGAGAAAGCUUCAUAGAAGAUAAUUUUUAAUCAAGAAAGCACAGAAUGAUGUGUACCAUAAACAAAGUUAAUCCUAGAUUCCUUUUUAGGAGUUAUUUUAAUAUAUUAAUUUAUGAAUUAAAUAAAAGCUGUUGAAACAGUCCACUCCUAUAAUAUGUGUACUUGGUUGAGAUAGAAGAUUUUAAUAAAAUGUCAGUUGCUUCCUGUUCAAAAGUUAAAAUAAUGGAUAUUGUAAAUAGCAAAGAAGAGAUGAUAUACGAAAAAUGGGAAUGUUUUCAUAAUUGGGUACAUUGUAUAUGCAUUGUUACUUUUGAUCUUGAAUUAGGUCAAGCUAUAGAGGCUAUAUAUCCACCUCAUAUCAAGUUAUCCGAACAAGAGAGAUCUAAUGUCUGUUAUCUUGCUUUUCCUGAUUCGAACUCUGGCUGUAUGGGGGAUACUCAAUAUCAUGUAAGAAUAAGGCAGAAUGGAACUAUGGUGCAAGAGACUGCAGCUUUAAAAGAAUAUGGUAGAAGAUCACCUCCAUUCUUGCAGUGUGAUAAAGAUUAUUAUUGGGGUUACGUCUAUUUUCGUCAAGUAAAAGACAAAUCCCUUCCAAGAGGAUAUUUCCAAAAGAGUAUUGUUAUUAUAACAAAACUGCCAUUUGUGAAUCUCUUUGGCGAGUUGUGUGCUUUAAUUGCCCCUGAGUUUUUUGAAUUGGGUAACACAGUUAUGGAAGUUAUAGUAAGGGAAAUUAAUCAAUGGCCUCCUCCAAUACCUGGCCAAGUAGUGCAUUUACCACUUAUAGGAGUUUUAUUUCAGACAUACAUCCCAAAUCAAAACUAUAAAGCAACCGCACCCACGAUUGCUGCCAUGGAUCAUGCGCCAAAUUUUCAUGCAACGCGAAGACUAAUUUUAACAUCCGUUUACGAAGGAGAUAUGUUUAGAAGUUUAGCUAGUGUUGUAAAUUAUGUACAUUUAUUAUGGGAGUUAGUAUUACUUAGCGAACCGAUAGUUGUUAUGGCUGGUUCACCUACUGGCUGCUCUGAAAUGGUCCAAGCACUCAUCGCACUAAUAGCGCCGUUAAAAUAUUGCGCCGAUCAUCGGCCUUAUUUUACAAUUCAUGAUUCUGAAUUUAAAGAAUACACUACAGACGCUCCAUCACCUCCCGCUGUAAUAUUAGGUGUAACCAAUCCGUUUUUCGCUAAAACUCUCCAGCAUUGGCCUCACAUUAUAAGAAUAAGCAAUGGAACUAAUAAUGAAAAUCAAAGGUACAAAAUAAAGAAAUCCGAGAAUCUCAAGGUGCUAGAUUCAAAGCCAGGAGUUUAUACGCAAUAUAAACCUUUCCUUCAGAAAGAUAAAGCUAUAUUGAAAAAGUUAUUUAGAGGUAUACAGACGAAAAGACCAGGGGAAGUGCAGACAGCUCUUUUAAAACGUCAUUUAAUAGAACUUACUGAAAGUUUUAUGAUACCUCUUGAAAGAUAUAUUGCCAGUCUUAUGCCACUACAAAAAGACAUAUCACCAUUCAAAGCUACGCCCAUACCUGAAUUAUUUAAUCCAGACGAUUUUUUAGCUACUCUAAGUAGCGCCGGACCGCAACUGACUACCGGCAUAAAAGGAGAUUGGGUUGGAUUGUACAGACGAUUUUUUCGAUCCCCUAAUUUUUCCGGAUGGUUUCAUAGUAGAUAUACUGAGCUAUCACAGAAGCUACAAGUUAUACAACUCGAAGCAUUGUCGCAAGCGGAUUUAAAAACUUGGGUGCAAGGAAAGGAAGAGGUAGAAUUAGUAGAUAUGAUUCUUCGAAUUCGACAAAAAUUAGAAAAGACUUAUAUCGAUGAAGUACCUAUAGGCAAUUCUGUACGAGAAAAACUGCAAGAAAGAAUAGACGAUAUUACUCAUACGUUGCCGGACGAUUUGAAAGAUAUUUUGAAUCGCGAAUCUUGACAUUAUGAUUACUUUAUUAGUUUUGAAGCUUGCUAAGUAAUUCUACUAUCAUCGGUACAUAAUAAAGCGAAUUCAAUUGAA